AUGAAAGGUGCCAUUUACAUUAGAAAUGACGGAACGUGUAAUACUUAUAUUCUUCCAAUUUAUUGGGGUUUGGGAGCUGAAUCACGAGGAACAAAAUCAAAAAUUCCAGAUCCUUAUGCUGUAGAACAUGGAAACCCUUCAAAAAUUCCAUUUGGAUACCAAGAAAAGUGGCUCCUGAAUCUCUUGAUCAUUGAUACACGUGGUACAGAAGAUAGAGAAGGUUGUACUGAAUGUAGGUGUGACCAUUUCAAUUUGGCAACGAAUUUUUAUAAUGUCACAGUUGGAAUUGAUGGAAAACCAUUGGGAUCAAGUUAUAAAGGAGGACUCUUUUGUUGCCAAGAUAAUUUACAGUGCAAAUUGCAAAAGGAUUUUGAAGCACCUACGAGAAAGCUUGCCUUGAGAUACAAAAUAACAUGGGUUGAUUGGAAUCAACAACAAAUUCCUCUAAGGUUUUAUGUACUUGAUUCAACUGAUCGAGUUAGAACAAAUGGUUCCCAAUUUAUUCAUGAUUGUCAGUUAAUUUGUCCAAGAAGUGUCGUGGCACCGGUAAUAGUUUUACCUUAUGACCUCAAAGCAUGA